AUGAUUGCCACUGGAGGUCUGUUGAGGAUCUCUGCACGAAAACAAGAUCCUCUCAGACCCAAAAGCCAAACUCCGAAGAGAAAGCGGAAAGCAAAAAAGAAGCGAAAGAACGAUGUGGUGGUAGUAAAAGGAAAACUUAAACUUUGCUCUGUCUCUGGAUUAAUUGCCCUGUGUGGAAUUUUAGUACUUUUGGUUGGAAUAGCCAUGGCUGUUAUGGGAUAUUGGCCAAAAAGCAGUUCUGUUUAUCAUGGCAAUCUAGGGACGAAUCAAGCCAAACUUUCAUCAGGUGAUAUAAAUUCUAUCAGUGCAAAUUCAAGCCAAUCUUGGAGCCAUCGCAACAGUCAAGGAGCUAAUCAGAAUGCCUUCAAAGAAAGUGAUACAAACUUAACAAGAAGCCUUCAGCAAAAAACAUCACCUGGAUUUCUUGCAGGUUUGUUUUCUGGAUACUUGCACUCGGAUAAUCUUAAAGUUUUUGGUCCUCUAAUAAUGGGCAUUGGAAUAUUUCUAUUUAUUUGUGCUAAUGCGGUUCUUCAUGAAAACAGAGACAAGAAAACAAAGAUCAUCAACUUGAGGGAUCUCUACUCUACAGUGAUUGAUGUUCAUGGCAUGAAAUCUAAAGAUGGAGUUCCUUUAAAUGGGUUUGUUAAUUAUGUGCAAUCUCGGAGCAUGGAUGUAAAAGGUAGUGACACAUUUGGAGCGGCAAUGUUGGCCAAGAGCUCAUGGCAUUCUGCUCUUGGUGGACCAAUUUCUUUCUCUCCUCCUAAUCUAAGGGAAACAAGGACGUCUUCUCCUAAGGUAUAUCGACACCCAACUGAGCAAAUAAACAUGAAUGAGGAGGUAUACAGUAUUUACAGGGAGAGGUCCAACUCUGCUUUACCAUUUGACAGAAUUUCAGGGAGAGAUGAGGAUAUUGAUUCCUUGUCUGAAUCGCCUGACCUAGAAUGGGGUAGGAGCAGCACGUGUUCCAUAGUUGGGCAUUCCCUCAGUGCUUUUACGCUGCCUAUUGUCAAGUUAGAUAGCUGUCUGUUGGAGAAGAAAGAAGAACAUGGGGAAGGGAACAAAAGUGCCAAAGAAGUAUAUAAGGGAGAGAUUGAAUUAAGUUUGACCAAUUUUAGCCAUGCAGACUUAAACUGGGAAAUUCCCAAAACUCAUAGAAAAUUACCUUUAAGGCGCCAGAGCACAAGCUGUCUGCCUGACUUCAGGAGACCAAUGUCACCUGGGCCACUGUCAGAAUUGGGUAGCCAGUCAUUAAGUAGCACAGACUUAGACUGCAGCCUUUUGGUGAGAGGCUCUCCAUUUGGCAAAACAAAACCUGCUGUUCUUAUGGAUUCUCUUACUACAGCGCCAUUGAUAAGAAGAGAUUCCCAAAGUUCAGGGUCUGACCAAUCAAGCAAUAAGGGCUACAUUCAUCUUGAGGAGGCAGGAACCUCCUUCGAGUCUAUAGACACCUCAGCCAAUAAAACUCAAGACUGUGAGGAAACAGAGGCUAUAGACAUUGAAAUUCCCUCGGACGAUACCAGCACAGAACAACAUGUAGAACAGAAGCAGUACACUAAUAAAGAAAAACUGUUGAUGCUCACCAGGUCUCACGCUAAAUCUGAUGAUAAUAGUGAUGGUGAUGAUGAUAUAGAUAAUACAAGUAUUUAA